ACUCAUGAACCAUGUUGUGUGCGUGAAGCAAGCUGUGCCAGCUGUUACUGCACCUUCCCAGUUGCUGCAUUUUCUAGGCAUUGUUUCUAUAGCUCUAAAAAAAUAAUAAUAAUAAUAAAAAAUAAUAAUAAUAAUCUCUGGCUGAGUAAAGAGCCCCCUGUUCCUGGUUAAGGAUGUAUGAAGAGUGGAAAAAUCAAGUUAAAGACCCUUCUCUUCAAGGAACCCAUUGCUGGUGGUGAUGGAAGGAACAUGGUAUAAGGCCUGUGUGGUGGUGGCAGCAGUACCUGUGGUCCUGUCAAGGGCUUUAGGUCCCUCACUCUUGGGCUGUUGCAUUGGUUCCCAUCCAACUGGUCUCCAUCUGCAGACCGAUCUUUCAUCUCUUACUUCUUCCGGAUAUCCUCUCACGUCUCCAUACUUCCUGCUCCCAUGAGGUCAUGACUUGAGACAAGCCACGCUAAAAACACACAGCUGAUGCACAGUAAGCAGGCUUCAGUGCCCAUGGGCAUCCCUACAUAGUGAGUCACCCCUGAUCUCCUGGGGACCUAUUUCAUGUCCAGCUGGGCCAGCUGGUGAUCAGCUCACAUGAGACAGAGCUUGUUGCAGAGCCUGAGAGGCAGGCAGUGUGUGGUACCCCCACAGCAUAAAUCAUGGUGCUUCCACAGGACUAUUCCCACCGCCUCCUUUCCUAAUGUGGAUCUCCCUCUCAAAAACCACAACGGGAAGAAAGGGCUCUAAAAUGAGAAGGUGCCUUGUGCUGGGUCCACUUGAAAUGGAUGUGCUGUGUGCACACAGGAUGAUUUCUUUGGCUCUACCCCAAAUGGACAGUUUUACUGUGACUUUUGACAACCUUUCAGUGAGGUCUCAAAGUCCAAGGGAGUGGCUGUAUGAAAAGCCAUGGGAAGCUGAGCUCCAAAGACAGAGACCGCUUCUCAAGCUCAUGUUGCUGCUCCUUGGUACAUAGCUGCUCUGAAUGAGCAAACUCCACAGAAAAGAUGAAAUUUGAGGAUCUCUUGCUGGAAAUUGGUGGCUUUGGCAGAUUCCAGAUUUUGAUUUUGUUUGUACUUUGCCUCGCAAGAAUCAACCUUCCCAUGCAUUUUCUGCUGCACAGCUUUCUUGCUGCUACCCCCUCUCAUCACUGUGCAAUUCCACACCAAGAGGAAUUUGUGAACCUCACCAUGGAGGAAAUUCUGCUCAUCAGCAUCCCCCGGGAGCCUGAUGGCACCUUCAGGUCCUGUGAGAUGUUCUCACAGCCUCAGUUUCACCUACUGCUCAAUUCUUCUCUGCAACCAGAAAACGACUCCAUCAUCCAGAACUGCCAGCAUGGAUGGGUCUAUGACCACUCGCAGUUCACCUCCACCAUCUCUACCCAGUGGGACCUCGUGUGUGAGCAGCGUGGACUGAACCAGGCAACUGCCACCUUCUUCUUCAUUGGCGUCACAAUCGGGGCCGUGGUGUUUGGAUACCUUUCAGACAGGUUCGGUCGGAAAUCCAUGCUCCUGCUGUCGCUUGUGUUCUCUGUCGUAUUCGGGAUGCUGAGCGCCGCCUCCAUCUCCUACAGCAUGCUGGCCAUCACGCGGACCCUCACCGGGUUGGCCCUGAGCGGCCUCUCCCUGAUUGUAUUGCCUCUGGGGAUGGAGUGGGUGGACAUAGAGCACCGCACCUUCUCUGGGGUCCUGACCAGCAUCUUCUGGAGCAUCGGGAACAUGCUGCUGGCCUUGAUAGCCUACCUGGUGAGGGAAUGGCACUGGCUCUUAGUCGCCGUAACAGGACCUUGUCUUCUGAGCAUUAUCUACCUGUGGUGGGUCCCAGAGUCUGCCCGGUGGCUCAUAGCCAACGGCAAAGUGAAAGAAGCUCACAAGCAUCUGCUUAGAUGUGCAAGAAUGAACGGAAUGAAAGACUUCGCUCUCUCACCAGAGGCCCUCAGAAUGAUCACAACAGACAAAAAGCCAGGAGAGAGUUUCUCCUACAUCAGCUUGUUCAGGACACCAGUCCUGCGGAAGAUCUCUCUGUGUUCAGGGGCAGUGUGGUUUGGUGUAGCCUUCUCUUACUACGGCAUGAGCAUGAAACUAACUGGCUUUGGGCUCAACAUGUAUCUCUCCCAGUUUGUCUUUGGCAUCAUUGAGAUUCCAGCCAAGAUGAUCGUGUACGUGCUGGUGAAUCGAGUUGGACGACGGCAGAGUCAGGCUUGGUCACUCAUCCUGACUGGACUAUGCAUAGGAGCCAACAUCAUCAUUCCCAAACCUUUCACUUCCUUACGCUCUGUAGUAGCAGUUACGGGCAAAGGUCUCUCAGAAGCUGCAUUCACCACUGUCUUCUUGUACACCUCUGAGCUCUACCCCACCGUACUGAGGCAGAAUGGGAUGGGAUACACCUCCUUCAUGGCACGCAUCGGUGGGGCUUUGGCUCCACUCGUGUUCCUGCUGGAUGACGUGUGGAGGUCCCUGCCCGAGGUGACGUACUGUGGCAUGGCAGUGUGCUGCGGCUCGGUGGCCUUCCUGCUCCCAGAGACACUCAACGUGCGCCUGCCUGAAGGCAUCGAGGACAUCGAGAAGACACAGGUGAAAGAGCCACUACAAACCAGCACCCCUGAGGGCAUGCCAUUACAGUCUCUUCUGAAGUGAGGGACUCCAUGGGACAGGCACAGACACUGUGUAGGACUGCAAAUCUGAGCCACGCUCUGACCCGCCAACUGAAGAGCCUUCACCAUCCUCCUCGUCUCUCUCUGCAGGAAAGUGAGGCUGAGGGCAUAUAAGGAAGGAGUGGAUCAUGAAACCACCUGGAGGGAGCUAACCCUGCUCUGUAGUGUGUCCAGGAGCUAAAACACUCAGGUCCAAUAGGGUCUGGAAAUGCAAGGACCCUGUGCUUAGCCCUUCCAGUCUUUGGCCUCGAUGGACUAGCAGCACCUUUCAGAUUACUGCACAGACUUCCAGAAACUACAGUCCAUUGGUUUACAAACCACAAGAAAACAGCAAUAAAAAACACUGAGUGUGAAUUGUACAAAAAACAAAUCAUCUGAAAUAAAUCUAACUGCAUGGCGGAUAAACCAUAAACUGUAGCUACAAAUAUUUCUUCAAUUUGGAAGUGUUCUGGAGAUUUUCCACACUGGCCAAAGCUAGCAAAAAGUACAUGGAGUAAUUC